CGUUUGUGAGCUCAGUAGGUCGUCGUUCGUUGUUGAGUUCAUAUUGGAAUUGGGCUCAUCCAAUAUUUUUAUUGGCAGUUUAAUUUAAAUAGCUGUGUCAAGCAUUGUCUGGUCAGCAUUUCGUUAACAACAAAAAACAACUAAACGCUUAAACCAAUAUUGUUAAAACGGUUAACAUGCAAACAGUCAUUAAGAAUCCCAACUGGUGGCGCCGACGCACCAAGCUGGAACGUAGCCUGCUAAUCCUGAGCAGUAUUUUGUUUCUAGUUGCGGCUACGAGCUUUGGAAUGUGGGGAUUCGAUACACUCCGAGGAAAAGAAGCGGGCACAGACCCUGAUCUGCCAGAAGCUCCGCCACAAGCAACUGCAUUGCAUGGCGAUAGCACUACCAUGAACAAGGUGCCCGGAAUGGAGAGCAAGGAGAAGCCAACGGCGGAGAAUGUCUGUCUGACCAAGGAGUGCAUACACACUGCCUCCACGGUGCUACGCAAGAUCAACCCAGAAAUAGAGCCGUGCGACAAUUUCUAUGAGUUUGCUUGUGGCACCUAUAUCGAGGAGGAGAACAUACCCGAUGACAAGGUUUCCAUCAGUACUUUCUCUGUUAUCUCGGAUAAGCUGCAGGAGCAGCUUAAAGACAUCAUCACUGCUGACCGACCAGCCACAGAGCCCAAACACUUCCGGUUGCCAAAUUUGCUUUAUAAGGCCUGCAUGAACAAGACGCUGAUUGAAUCUCUGGGCGCCGCUCCCAUUGCCAAAAUAGCCAAGUCUCUAGGCGGCUGGCCGUUGAUUGAGGGUGAUAGCUGGAAUUCGGAUGACAGCUGGACCUGGCAGGAGCAGGUCAAGAAAUUCCGCAAAUCCGGCUUUAGCAUGGACUAUAUCAUUGAUUUCUCCAUUGGAGUCGAUCUGCAGAACAGUACAAAACGUAUUAUAGACCUGGAUCAGUCGGCACUGGCUCUGAGUCGCGAGUACCUGAUAAAAGGCUUCAAUGAGACACUGGUUAGUGCUUACUAUGACUACAUGGUGGACAUUGCGGUGCUCUUUGGUGCCAACAAAGAUCAGGCCAAGGAACAGCUGCUGUUAUCUCUCGAAUUCGAAAUGGCUUUAGCUAACAUUUCCUGGCCCAAUGAGAAGCGCCGGAACUCUUCUGAGCUGUUCAAUCCUCGUACCACGCAGCAGCUACAGAUAGCAUAUCCGUACGUCCAGUGGGUAGACUAUAUGAAUGCACUGCUUCCCGAAGGCCUCUCUGUGCAGGUUGAUGAGAUAAUCAAUUUGACCGUGCCGCCAUUCUUCGAGCAGCUGGGCAAGUUGCUUGCCAAGACGCCAAAUCGUGUGAUUGCCAACUACAUGAUGUGGCGCAUCCAUGCCUUUUCCAUUGGCUUUCUGAGCGAGGAGUUCCGCAAGCGGCAGCUGCAGUAUGCCACCGCUCUAUCCGGUCGCCAGGAGCAGGAGGCACGCUGGAAGGAAUGUGUUGAUAUUGCCUCCGGCAGUGAACUUGACGAUCUCGAAUCAGAUGUUGAUAGCCUCGGCAUAUCGGUGGGAUCGCUAUAUGUACGCAAGCACUUCAAUAAGGACUCGAAAGCGAAUGCUUUGGAAAUGGUCAACGAUAUACGCAUGGUAUUCAGCGAUAUUUUAGAUGAAGUUAACUGGAUGGACGAAAAGACCAAAAAAGAGGCCAAAACUAAGUUGCAUAGUAUGGCCACCCACAUUGGGUACCCCGAUGAGAUGCUAGACAACGAGAAACUUGCCAAAUACUAUGAGAAACUUGAUAUCAAUCCAGAUGCAUAUUUCGAGUCCUUUUUGAACAUGAACAUCUUUGGGACGGACUAUUCAUUUAAUAAGCUGCGUUUGCCGGUCAACAAAACGGAUUGGGUACGUCAUGCCCGUCCAGCUAUUGUGAAUGCCUUCUAUUCCUCGUUGGAGAACAGCAUACAGUUCCCAGCUGGCAUACUGCAAGGUCAUUUCUUUAAUGCCCAGCGACCUAAGUACAUGAAUUUCGGAGCGAUUGGUUAUGUCAUUGGCCACGAAAUCACUCAUGGAUUUGAUGAUCAGGGUCGCCAGUUCGACGUCAAGGGCAAUCUACGCGACUGGUGGCAGCCUGACACCCAGAAGGCCUAUUUGAAGAAAGCUCAAUGUAUAAUUGAUCAAUAUGGCAAUUAUACGGAGCGUGCAACUGGCUUGAAUUUGAAUGGAAUCAAUACACAGGGCGAAAAUAUAGCCGAUAAUGGUGGAGUUAAGGAGUCCUAUAUCGCAUAUAAGCGCUGGGUAGAGAAACACGGCACGGAGCCCAAACUUCCCGGUUUGGACUACACACCACAGCAAAUGUUCUGGAUCUCAGCUGGCCAAACCUGGUGUGCCAAAUAUCGUAAAGAAUCUCUAAAAAUGAGAAUCACCACUGGAGUGCACUCGCCGUCGGAAUUCCGUGUCCUUGGCUCGCUAAGCAAUAUGAAGGACUUUGCUAAGGACUUCCAAUGCCCUGAAGGCUCGCCCAUGAAUCCUGUGCACAAGUGUGAGGUGUGGUAGAAACUAACAGUAGAUUGAAUGUAUUUCCAUUAAAUAUAUACAAAAAUGCAUGUGUCUUUAAUGUAAACUAAAGGGCUUUUUAGAAAUCUAUCAAUAAUGUAUUAGCGCUCAAGCCCACAUUGUAUGGGCUAAUUUCCCGUAGAUUUAGCUGUACUUCCCCUAGCGUAAUUAUGCUAAGUGAGCAUAAUGUAAAAAAUUUAUUUAAUAAAAUUUGUUUUUAUGUACCAACAAAAAUUUGAGUUUCUUGGGAGGCUUGUAGCCAGAUCAGCAACAUUGGAAUUUAAAAAAAGAACGACUUAAGAUUUAAAAAAAUAGUGCCCUAAAUUUCAAUUCGAUAUUUAUCGACUAAAUACAAGUAGUUGAGGCAUAACUCAACUGUUGUGAGCUCA